AUGGCCGAUAAAUUUAUGAAUGGUAUUAAUUCAACCUUAAUUUCAACGAAAUCUGAAGUCACUUUAGACAAAGCGCUUCUGGGCUUUGUGUUAUACGCAAUUACAUUUAUUACAGUCGUUGGAAAUGUUCUUGUAUUGGUAGCUGUGAAGAUAAACAAGAAGUUACAGACGACAUUUAAUUAUUACAUAAUAAAUUUGGCAAUUACAGACGUCGCCGUUGCCGUGACAGCCAUGAGUUUUAUGGCUACACACACUGUUCUGGGAUAUUGGCCUUUUGGGGAAGCUCUUUGUGCUAUGUGGAUUUUCUUCGACUACGGUAUGACGUUUGUGUCAGUGUUCACACUAAUCUUAAUAUCAGUUGACAGAUUCUGGAGUGUAAAGUGGAGUGUCCAUUACAGAAAGUAUCAUACAAAACGGAAGUGCAUUAUAUCUAUUGUCUGCAUGUGGUUGUUUAUGCUGGUUCUUUGGGUACCACCUUUAAUACUGGACAGAGUUCGAUACAGUGAACCUGGAAUCUGUUUUUGGGACCCAUCAUUAAACAAAGAAUUUGUUUACAUCGUUGCUAUUCUUGGACACCAUGGCCCCUUUUGUAUAAUGAUUUUCUGCUAUAUUUACUUGUUUCUAAUUAUGCAUAAACGCACAAAAGUUUCUGAUUCUACCCGUAUAAAUAGACAAUCAUCUUAUCCAGAACACAGUAGUGUAAUGAAUAAUGAAACACGUAUUACUCUGUCAACAUUGGUGCCAAAACCAAAUUCUUCGAAGAUGGAACCCGUCGCAGCAUUCUCACCACCGCCAUCUGAGAACAGAAGCGUGGAAAUUUCGAAUGCUCCAGUAACUGUGAGCUACCUUCGAGUUCCAGAAGCAGGUGUUUCUGUCCGGGGCCAUCAAGCUUUAUCUGUCAGUGAAAAGCGUUUGAUACGUGACCGGAAAAUCUUUGUGACACUGACUUAUAUAAUUUUUGGAUAUGUUAUUCUUUGGCUGCCUUUUCACAUCAUUUUUGAUAUUAGUAUCGUUAAACCGGAUAUAGUCCCUGAACAAGUGUGGACCAUGGUGUUCUGGAUGACAUAUUUCAACUCAACGGUCAAUCCAAUCUUGUAUAACUUCAGUAGUUCUGAAUUCAGACAGACAUUUAAGAGAAUUCUUACACGAUGUAAAUGAUAAGCUUUAAAAAGGGACAUGCACUGGUUGAACGAUUGAGCAAAAAUGCCUAAAACUCUCCUAUAAUACCACCAGCUUGACUUUUUUCCAAAUGUAUUUGGUAAAAUUAUAAAACGUUUCAUUAAAAGAAGUUACGACCCAACUGUUUUGAGACAUACCGCAUGUUUAGUGUUCAACCCGUUUACAGUUGGACACU